AGAUCGGCAACGUUGCCACCAACUUACAUACAUUCUCUCUCUCUUCUCUUUCUCUCUCUUUCUCUCUUCUCACUCUCUCUAAAACAAGGCGCAUCAGAUUAGCAGAGCUGUGACCAUAAAGAGCUUUGGCUUCUUCUUAGCUACCUCUCCUCUCUCUCUCUCUCUAGACCUCUGUUCACGGUUGUGCUGUGCGUAUCUGCGUGUGUGAGUAAAAUAGAAAGCAAAAAAGUAGAGAGAGAAUCUAAUGGAGUACGAGAGGAUACACAAAGUUCAGACUGGUAUCCUAUCUCCUAGUAAGUUGAGGAUAAAGCUUAUGGGGCCACAUCAUCAAAAGAAAAAAGAUGGAUCAAACAGUAAUUCUUCAAGAACAUCUCCUUCUAAGAUGGAAGAUUCGGAAUUUGUCAAUAAUAGCUUGUUGGCAGCCCAAAAUGGGGAUUUUGGAGAAGAAGUAUCGAAUUUAGAGGUUUUGCAAAUUAAGUCUGAUGGUGUUACAUCGGAUGGUAGCCAAGGCGACGGAAAUUUGUUGCAGUCGAAGGAGCUCGGAGCAAAGGAUAAUGGCGAUGCUAGUCGUUUUAGAAUGCAGCUUCUUUCUAAGGUUGACACUGGUAAUUCCAGUUCUGUCCACCCCGUUAGAAUGUGUGAGGAUGAAAAUCUUGAUUAUGACAGCACCUCAAGCUUCGAGUUUCAUAAAGGGGAGAGGUCACUGCACCAUUCCAUGACGAGGUCCUUCUCAAGACCAAUGUCGUCGAAAUGGAAUGAUGCGGAGAAGUGGAUUAUGAACAAGCAGAAUGUGCAAUCCAAUAUUUCAAAGAAGGCCAACUUGCAAAAUCAGGUGAACAGACAACCAGCUACAAAUAUGGUGAGGGUUGUGCCAGAAUCUACAAGUUCUGAAAACAAGCCAUCAGUGAAGCGGGUCGAUUUUUGCCAGUCUGCUUCACAGAUGGGAUCGGGGAAAUUCGCAUUGAUUGAUUUGUGCCCUGAAAGUAAGGAUUUAGGGGAAGUAGAUGAUACAAAUAUGCCUUGCACCAAGAGUGUAACAGAAGAAUCAACAGUUCCUGCCAUAAGAUCAGUGUCGAUGAGAGACAUGGGAACAGAGAUGACUCCUAUUCCGAGUCAAGAGCCAUCGAGGAGUGCUACACCAGUGAGUGCAACGACCCCGCUUCGCAGCCCAACGUCUUCUAUACCUUCUACUCCUCGGAGAGGGGAGCCAGCACCGACUCCAACGGAACAUCCCAUCAGCAAUUCUACUCAGAACUUGGCUGAAAAUGCUAAAAGGGAAUUGUCUGAGCAAGAACAAAAGCUUAAAACGAGAAGGGAGAUUGUAGCCCUGGGCGUUCAACUUGGUAAAAUGAAUAUUGCUGCUUGGGCAAGCACAGACGAGAAAGAUAAGAGUAAUUCUGGAAACGAAGCCAUAGACAAUGAUGAGCUUGCACAGAUUGAGUAUACAAAACGUGCUGCUGCGUGGGAAGAAGCUGAGAAAGCUAAGCAUGCUGCCAGAUAUAAACGAGAAGAAAUAAGAAUUCAAGCAUGGGAGAGUCAACAAAAAGCAAGGCUUGAAGCUGAAAUGAGGCAAAUAGAGGUAAAGGCAUCUCAUCUCUUAAGACUCUUAUCAAUGAAAUCCAUUAAGUACUGUUUUGGAUCAGAACGAAAACUGAUUAAAAUCGACACUCAGGCGCAAAUUGAGCAAAUGAAAGCACAGGCUCAAGCAAAGAUGGUGAAGAAGGUAGCAAUGGCAAGGCAAAAAUCGGAGGAAAAACGAGCUGCAGCGGAAGCUAGAAAAAACCGACAGGCUGAAAAAACUGCGUCGCAGGCAGAAUACAUCCGCCAAACAGGCCGUAUUCCUUCUUCCCCCUUCAUCUGCUGCGGCUGGUCAUAACCGAGCAGGUACAUCCGCACAAGCAAAACCGCCCUUCAGUGCCAUGUUUCUCAGCAAAAUAUGCAGAAAAACGCGCUCCGUGGGAAUAAUUUUCUGUGUUAAAAGAUCACCAUUAGUCUCUCACUCAAUCCAUCUAUGUAUCUAUUGACAAUCAAGAAUUUGAAGCCUUUGGAUUGAACUGCAAAUCUUUGCAGCUAUACAUGCCCUCAUUCACACCUUGUAUAGUUUUGGUGUAAUGUCUGCCAUUUUUUGUUACACAGUUUGCUAUCAAGUUGAUUCACCGUAAAAUAUUUAA